AUGGACCGCUUCAAUGGCCAGAGCAUCUUGCAAGCCAUCUCUGAGCUCUUUGCGACAUCUGGCUAUGGCGGUGGAAAACGACUUGCUGCAGAUGCCUUGCUGCGUGACUUCUCCAAGGCAGACUGUGUGGUGCCAGUGAGCUUCGAACUUCUGCAUUCACACGUCUGUGGACAAACACAGCUGCCGGAAGAAGCUCUUCAGCUUCUGGCUACAGGAUGUUGGCGUCGCGCACAGCGGCGAGGCGCCAGCGAGGUGUCAACCGCUGACGUCCUGGGCCUCGCAUCAGCGCUGAGCACGGCGCCGGCGGCGCCGGCGGCGCCGGCGGCACCGGCGGCACCGGCGGCAUCUCGAGCAUCUCGAGCAUCUCGAGCCGCCGACAGCUUGGUGCGGAUGGCAGCAGCCAAGUGGCUCCACGACGCCUCGAACUCUGGGAGCGUUCAGUCCAUUCCUUUGCAAAAUCUGCUGACCGAAAUGCAAAAUGCACACAGUGAAAGUGCGGAGUUGGCGCUGAUGGCUUUGGCGGCCUUGCCAGAGGAAGCGAAUGCAAAGGAAGUGAAGAUCGAGAAGCGGCCCGCCCUUCUGUUGGAGCUGCAAGGGGCUGCGCCAGAUGUCCUGAAGCAUUUGAGUUUGGCGGGUGAAAGGAGCAUUCUCGCAGCAACCCAGUGGCUUUCUGUUUCCGAUUCAACUGCUUGCAGUUUGAACGAAAUCAACUCCGGCCUGCUUCCUCAUGCGGGCUCGCUUCUCCAAAGGGAGGACUCCAAACUUUCAGGACUUGCUGCAGAGUUCCUGGAGGCCCUCAUGGAGAAGUCGAGCAGCUGCAGCAGCUGUCCAGAGCGCCUCGUACAAAGUCUGAUGUCUUUACUGGCCCAGCUUCACCCCAGUAGCGCAGAGGCACGUCACCGACUCUGUCGCCUCGUGGCAGCAGCAGCUGGCGCGUGGCAGCGCUUCUUCGUGGCGCCCGGGCCACCAAAAGACUUGUGGCACUUGUGGGUCUCGCUGCUGGAAGCGCUGAUGGCAUGUGCAAAGUGGGGCCACAAGCUUGCAGCCAUGGCCUUGUCCACUUGGCUUUCAUUGCACAGUCAGGCAUUGGAGGCUGGUCCAGAGGUCUUCGAAGCGUAUGCUCCAGUGCUGUUGAAGGCAGCCAGAAGUCUUCGAGAUGCCAGCAUGUUUCCGCUCGACUUCCACCAGUGGCCUCCAGAGGACGCUGAAAGCUUUGUGCAGUUUCGUCGUGAGCUGAGAGAUUUCCUACGUGAACUUGGAGCAGAGAAAGCACCGAAAGCACAUGCAGGUUCGCCAAAGGCGCGACAGCGUGAAGCACAACCGGGUUUGCUGUUGCCAUUGCUGGUGGAGGAAAUUCAUGGCGAUGUCAUCCAGCGCUUCAACGAGGAUUGGCGCCUUUUGGAAGAAGCUUUGCACGCCCUGUCUUCCCUAGCAAAGGAGAUCAUGGUGAUUGCAUCGGCACAUCCGAUUGCUGGCCGCAUACUUGAGCUACUACGUCUGCUUUCAGGUGACCAGAGCCCACUCUUGCGCCCUGGAUGCCAUCGACAGCUGAUCUCGAUUUUCAUGCAAUGUGCUGCCGUCUUUGGGCCUCUUUGUGCCACUGACGACACGUUGGCCAAGACGUUCGCUUUGGCCAGGGCGUCACUGCAGAUCCCAGAGGAGGCGAAGCAGGACCACAACGGGGCCGUGUGCCUCAUGAAGCUCUGCGCUUUGCCCCAAGCAGCGGACGCCGCCGUGGCCGAGGCGCUCCGUGGCGACCUCAAGCAGCACCUGGCAGCCUCCUCACUGGAAUCACUGGAACCAUUGGAACCGGGCUCAAUCCUGGUCCUCGCGCAGGCCACCGCUCUUGCAACAAAGUCUUUUGCAGAGUUGUCGAGCAAGACCAUCGCCGAUUGCCUUGAAAUUGCAUUAGGCGAUGCUUCUGGUGCAUUGCCUCUCCAGGCAGCUGCUGAGGUGGUUGCAAUAGUUGAGGCGCAUGCCGCUGCAACUGCGCUGAAUUCAGCCUGGCCUGCCUUGGCGCAAGCGUCUCUGGAGCCAAAGAGUCUGUCCCUGCUCUUGGCCAAAGCUGCAGGGCGGCUCCCCUGCGAGGCCCUAGGACCUCUGGCGCGGUUUCUUGCAAAGGCUUUCGAAACUCGACCAGAUGCCCGGCCCGUGCUGCUUUCGGCCGCAGUCCCGUUGGCAAGGCGUGCUGGUGCUGAGCAGGUCCAAAGUAUGACCUCUGAGUUGCUGGAAGGUUUAGUACGACUUGCCUCAGCGCAAAUGACUCAGGUGGAACCGAGCCUUCGACUUCUCACUGAGGUCUCCGUGUGGCCUUUCGAAGGCACUGAAAGCACGCCCCCGAUCCACAUGACCGACGGCGAGCGGCGACUUAUUGAGGCACUCUGCGAACUUACCAGAGAGGCUGGUCGCCAUGUGCCAGUUGUGUUGCUUCAAGGGCAAUGCCUGGCUACGGUUUGGCAAGCUGCUGUCGCACUCGUGGCAAUUCCGCAAGAACAGCCUCCUGUGAAAACGUUGACUUUGCUCGCGGAGGUAUGGGCUGAGAGCACUGGAUGCACUUCUCCUCAAGGGCUUCGCGAGCAGUUGCGGGAUCGACUGCAGAGUGUCAUGCAGGUGCGCCAUGGCAACUGGACGCUUGGAGCUCUUCAGCUGCGUGCUGUUAUGAAGGUGCAGCACUGUCGUGUCGACUUUGAAGACUUUCACCAUUGGGGGAAGAUCGUAGCACUGAAUGCGAAUCAUCACAUCUUGCCCAGUUUGAAUCAACUCUUAGCAGCUCGCCCAAGCUUGCCCAAGGUGGAUGGGUCACCCAAGCAGUAUAGUGAUACUCCUACGGUUCUGAUUAGUCUUUGGUGCGGGGGGCUCUUCUGCGCAGUUCUAACGAUUGCCGUUACUGUUUACAAUGUGCGACGUCACUACGAAUCAGCACGAGAGCAGGGCUUAGGACACCAUGAAAUGCUGCCGUCUUUCGGUGCCCGAGCUGAUCGGAUCAUGCAGCUGUUGCUGGUCCCAGCCGUCGGGGCCGUCACCUCCGCUGCGCAGAUGUUCAUGCCUGGGGCAACUCCGAUCUUGUCCUUGAUCAGAGUAUGCCAGUUUUCUGUUGCGAUGCGAGAUUUGAUUGAAUUCCUCUUCGUAUUGAAUGGCAGUCAGCAGCACAUCGUGGACAAUUUGCCCAAGGAGAAAAUCACACUUUUCUCGAAAUUUCCACUCUGUUGCGUCUUUGGCUGGUCCUGCUGUGCUCAUCGACCCCGUUUGGGACACUUGCGAUUCUUUGUGGCUGGCGUGAGGCAAUUUAGUCUCCUUUUGCCACUCUUUGGCGCAGUGGAUGUCUAUAUUGAUGACCGGGAAGGUAUGCCUGGCGUCGCGGUCUCCCAACGGGUUUGUGAAACGGUCAUGGCUGUCAGCACCUUCCUCGCCAUGUGGAGCUUCAAAUGUUUGUUGCCGUUGAUGACGCGGUCCAUCCGGGCAGAGGACAUCGAUCCCGAGCGCAUUUCGGCCAUGGAGAGGUUCGUGCUUCUUCAGAUGGCUGCUGCCAAGCUGCUCGGUAUGCUGAUACCACGAAUUGUCACUCACAACUUGUACUCAGAGACUCCUGGUGGCUGGGUGAUGCCAAAGCACUACUAUGUGACCAUCAUCACAGGCUUUAUGCUCACAGUGGUGCAAUUCAUGCUGUCCCUUCUGGGCGCGUGUGCAUACAAUGCUGAUGAAACGAUAUAUCCUGAAUUGGACGAAGCUCAGGAUAUUCCGCCUGAUGCUCUGGCCUUGCUAGACAUGAAUGGCAUUGAUGUGACGCGAAUCGUAGACCUCAGCAAAGCUCUGAUUUUCACCGGGAGAAUUGAUUUGCAAAAAACGGAAACGACCAAAGCCCGCUUCGUGUCACACCGGCCUGUCACUGAUAGCUUCCAGAUCUCCCAAGACCAGGGCCUUUUGCAGGAGCUGGUGGCUGGCCAAGCAGAUGACACUCGGCAAGCAGAUGCGAAGCAGAUACUUUGGAAACGCCUUAAGGCACUAAUCAGCGACAACAUUGGCGCAGAAGUUCAAACAGGCUCUAAAGCGCUUCUGCACGAAGAAGAAGUGGUCAUCGAACCUCUUUGUGGCUGGCUUUUGAGCCUUGGCCACAUCUUCUUCGAGGAGCAUCUCAAGGAGCCCGUCCUCGAGGUGCAGUGGGCACUUGGCUGGAUGCUGGUGGAAGCCUUCAAACAGAGACGGCGAGACCCAGAAGAGGUUGAGAGACCCAAAGAACCGCCAAAAAAGCGUGGUCUCUCCUGGGUGACCAGGCCCAAGCAAAAGCCCGUGGACGUGCCUGAGGUGAAUCCGCGUGAACAAGAGGAUGCAGAGGCGAUUGCAAUGGCUUCCCGGCUCACGCAGUUCUUUGCACUUCUGCCAAAACUCCCAGGGAAGCAUGGGGCACCCAUGCUGUCCCUGGCGCUAGAGUCAGUGGCAGAGAGUGGUUUGUGGAGGCGUGGCGUGCUACUGCCCCACAACGAGGAUGGCCAAACUCGUUGGCUCAGGAACUUCUCAUGGCCAGAGCUGUUCAACUUUGUCCACGAGCGUCUCCCGACCGAGAUGCGCUUUCGACUCUGGAGGUGCUCUCUGCAGAUUUGUGUCAGCAGCCCCGAACUUGCUCCCUUGGCGGAAAUUCCGUUUGCCUUGGCGUCUGCGGCCGCAGAAGCACCUCCAGGAGCACCGGAGCUGCUACAGGAGGCCCUGGACCUCGGAGCAGAUCCUGAAGCAUUGGGGCCACUGUGCUCACGGCUGCCAGUGCCGCCGAAGGCGAAGAAAGCGCCUGCCCUAGGCGUGCCGCCCGAACCCAAACUUCUGCUGGCGCCUGCAGAUGGAGUGAAUGCUGAAAACGAGCGUAGAGCUGAAUUGGCGUCCUUGGGCAUCAAUAUCGAGGUCUGGGCUCCUUCUGAUUUGGAGGUAACAUCGUCAGAUUUGAGUGUUGAGACCGGGAAGAUAUGGAUGGUGCUAGGUCGAUUCAAAGUGGUCGCAAUGGGUGCGCGCGUGUCUGCAGUGAAAGGAGAAGAGGGCUGCACUCUAGCAGCGCAAAGCAUAUGGGAGGCAGAAGUCAUGGUCUUCUUGAACGGCGCUGGAUUUUCGGCUGAUUCUGGCCUUGCAGUCUACGCUGAUGUGGCGAAGGUCCCGGCCUAUGCCAAGCGAGGUCUGACAUAUCAGGACGUUUGCCAGCCUCAUUGGCUUUACGAAGAGCCAGAAUUAUUCUGGGGCUUCUGGGGCCAAUGUUACAACGACUACCGGCUGACGGACCCUCACGAGGGAUAUGAGAUUAUCCACCACUGGGUGGGAAAGCUGUUUCGGCAUACCGACGUGUCGAAGCAGCUCCAGAAGAUGUGCCGCGAAGCAGAUCGGACGGAGGAUGAUGCCAGUCCCUACGAGGUCAAAGGACGCGCGGGGAGCUUCUUCAUCCAUACUUCGAAUGUCGAUGCUCAUCACUAUGAUUGGUUCCCAGCCUGUGAAAUCCGUGAAUGCCACGGGAACACCGAGCUUUACCAGUGCGCUGGGAGCAGGCACGGAAUGGAUCGACUCAAAGCCAGUGACGAUCGAUGUCAAGGAAUUUGGCGCGCCCCGAUGGAGUACCGCUUCCAUGUCGACAAGGAAACCAUGUUGGCUCCACAGGUUGCACCUGAUGAGUCAUUUGAGGUUGAGACCAACCAUUGGGCGUCAGGAAAUGAGAGCGAACCUUUUUCUGCGGUGCCUCGUAUAGGCCGUGUGAAAGGAAGUGCUCGGCGACAUACCUUGCGCCACAUGAUUGGCAAGACGCCAGACAUGGGAAGCCCAGCUGCGGCCUGCGCCGCUCGCGGGUUCGGGCAAAACCAUCCGGUCUGCCCAAGCUGCGGCGGCCCAGCGCGUCCCGCCAUACUGAUGUUUGGUGACUACUCAUGGCGCGACAAUGAUGCUCAGGAGGCUCGCUUCAACACCUGGACCGAGCAGGUGAAGGAGUUGGCAAGUGAAAGAAAAUCUUCUCCCUUGAGAGUUGUUCUAUUGGAGGUCGGUGCCGGGGGCAAUGUGACAACCAUUCGGAAUGCAAGUGAGUUCUUGCUGAAGGAACUCUUGGAGGCUGGAGCUGAUGCAACGCUUCUGCGGGUGAAUCCAGACUUUCCGUUGGCUGAUAAGAGAGACCUUGCGCCACAUGUGGUCAGUCUCAUGGGCCGUGGCUUGGAGUCUCUGCGGAUGAUGAAUGCCUUCAUGGGCCCUGCUGCUUUGGUUCGUGAGAUGAGCUCUGCCCCGCCUCCUCCGCCGGACGUGCCUCCGCCGGCGCCCGUCGAACAACCGGGACCACCAGGACCACCUCCCGCAGGACCUCCGCCAAGCGCGCCUCCACCCCCUCCGCCGUGA